CAUCUGCAGAGGAAAGACGCAUGAUGUCAGAUCACGCAACCAACAGCCUACGUGCGCAUCUAAGUUCUUUAAAACGCAGCGCUUAUCACACCACUGAGAGCCGCAGUGCUGACAGCCUCACAAGCUUUUCUGAGAGAAGAACAAGCUAUAAACCAUGAUUGAAUUUAACUGCAGUUCACGGAUGAACCACACAGAGGCAGCGCUCAAGCUCUUUGAACGUGUGGCCUACAUACCCGUCUUCAUAGUGGGCUUUUCCCUCAACGUCACGGCUCUGUGCAUCUUCUGUCGCAUCAAGCGUUGGACAGACACGCACAUCUACAUGCUCAACCUGCUGUUUGCCGACUUCCUGGCCAUUCUUAUUCUUCCCUUCAAGAUACUGGAGGUCUUCUGUCCAAUAACACCAAGCUUUUUGUGUACGUUCCUGCUGUGCACCCAAUUCUCCAACAUGUACUGCAGUAUCUUCAUCAUUACAGCCAUCAGCUUCCACCGAUUCAUAGCUGUCAGGUUUCCGUUUCUGGCCAAGACACUGCUCUCCAAAAGUAGGAUGAUCGCCAUCACAACGUGCAUUAUCAUCUGGGUGAUCAUAGCAGUGAUCUGCUCUCGUAACUAUCAAGAAUUUCUCCCAGACAUGUUAGAGCGCUGUUAUGAUCGAAAGGUGGCAAUCAAACUCAAAAUACCUUUUUUGGUGGUUUUAGAGGUUUUAGGGUAUCUUAUACCAUUAGUCAUCCAAAUAAUUUGCUCCACACAAACCAUCUACAUCCUGAUCAGAUCGCUUCGGCAUGUUGAGGGAAGGGAUAGAGUGGAAAGGAAAAACACUACUGCUAUUAUCGCUGCGAACAUGUUCACAUUCAUAGUUUGCUUCACACCUGUCCAUAUCGGUCUUUUGCUGCAAAAUUAUUCAUCUGAUGAGUACUUUGUGCGAGUGUUUAUUAACGUGGCCGAGUGGGUCGCUACAACCAAUUGCUGUCUGGAUUCUAUUGGGUAUUACUUUCUUCUAAAAAAAAUUAAUAAGAGACAAAGUUCAUAUUGAUUGUUAAAGGGAUAGUUAACCUAAAAAUAAAAAUUCUGUCAUUAAUUACUCACCCUUUUCGAUUUUUGUUCAUCUUC